AUGCACCUUUGGUGCUAUGCAUCUCUGGGAGAUUUUCUUGAUCUACGGGUAGCUAAACUGAUGGUUUAUAGUCCACCAGAUGAUGUUAGAAUUACCAAAUCAGAGGACCUACAAGACGGUAUAAAAAUCAAUGUAGGCUGCAGAGCUUCCAAUGGAUACCCUGCUCCGCUCAUCCAUUGGUACAUCGGAUCUAGGAAUGUGACACAUGAUUCGUCUAUUAAUACUUCACAUGAUGAAGCUAACAGGUAUGAUGCUGAAAGCACCCUCACUCUCAUACCAAAUAGGAUCUAUCAUGGCAAACGUCUUCUCUGUCAGGCAGUUCAACCUACAAAGCCGUCAAAACGAUUAAUGAAUGAUAGCAUGGUGCUGGCCAUAUCAUCUGCUCCUAGGUUGCUUUCCAUCACGGACGUCCGGUCUGUGGAUGGAUACAAGAAUGGAGCAUCCGUGAGCAUCACAUAUGGGCGAACUCACAACCUAAUAUGUUCAGCCCAAGGCGCUAGACCACCUGCAGAACUGGAAUGGGACGUUCCCGAAGAAGUACGGUUCCGACUAGAAGAUCAGUAUAACGCUGUUGAUGGUGAAGCUUACACCUCUCAAAGAGUUAUUUCUGUUACUCCUUCGAAAGAGGAUGAAGGAAAAAUGAUCCGAUGUAUGGCUUUUCAUCGGGAGCUGGAUAGUGGACUUCAAUUGUUCAUCCGCCUCGAUGUGCAAGUCUCACCAAUUAACCUACGGAUCACCGCAUCUGAUCCAAUGACUAUUGACGAGGCGGGUACAAGAAGUGCCAUUGUCUUUGAAGCCUCGGCAAAAUCAUUUACCUGCACGAGUGUAGGAUCUCGCCCUUCAGCUGUUAUAUCAUGGAUUAUUGGUUCGGACGCCGACCUAGGUAUCAUGACAUCUACGUCCACCAACAAUGUGGCCGACCCAGCUUUACGUGACACAUCUAAUCUACAGUUGAUACCAAAGAGGAGGCAUCACAGUCAAUUUCUCAGAUGUGUUGCCAAUGCUGGUAUGAACGAACAUCAAACAGAAGUGAGGGUUAUCGUCCAUGAUUCUCCUGCCCUUGUGGACUACUCUGUUCGUCGUGUUUCCAGUGGUCAGCACAGCGUUGAUGCUGUUCUUACAUGCACAUCAGAUAGCAGACCCCGAGCCUUAAUAAUAUGGUUCUUGAAUGGCACGGAACUCAACGGCACCCGACAUUACAUUCUCCACAAUCCUUCACAAGAAGAUACAUUGAGGGAGUCCAGAUCCACCUUACUGGUUCAUCGUCGAUCAAAACCAAACGACACCAUCUACUCUCUUCUUUGCUUGGCAGCCUGCAAUCCCUGA